AUGUCUCUCAGGCGCACGCCUCCCAAGACCUCCGCCUCCGCAACGCAACGGGCCCGCUCCGCGUUGCAGCCCCCCGUCGGCCCCGCUACCGCUACGAUGAAUUCCCCGGUGUUCAUUCAGACAAGCGGCGAAUCCGACGCCGUUGCGGCCCAUAGUACAGAUCAAUUUCGUGACUCACCGUCGCAACUUACACGUACGGGUCUGUCACUUAAUGAUUUAGCGUGCGACGAUAUUGUAACGAAACGCGUUAAGCGUAAAUUUGACUUAGAGGGCGGCAGCCAAGAAUUUUCUCAGUCCACUACAUCUUUUAUAGAAGAUUUAUUUUCGUCCUUCUCUACUAAAAUUGAAAAGCGCUUUGCAGCACUGCAUGUUUCAGUAAAUCAAAUCGCCGAUCAAAACUGUGACAUGCAAAAAAGUCUGAGUUUUAUGAAUGAAAAGUAUGACCACUUAUUAGAAAAAUUAAAAACGAUGGAGGAAGAACGUUUAAACGACAAAAAAACAAUUCAGACUUUGGAGGACAAAAUUGAGCUUUUGGAAAAGAGAUCACGAGCUACAGCUGUAGAAAUACGAAACACGCCAAGAAUUUAUCAGCAGAAUAAUAGACCAGAGUCCAAAACUGAUUUAUGCGAUAUUGUCAAGAUCUUGGCAAAGACAGUGAACUGCAGUCUUCAAGAAUCAGAUAUAAGGGAUGUUUAUCGCAUACUCUCCAAACAUGAAACGUCUCGUCCUAUUAUUUUGGAAUUAAACAGCGUCAUAAAAAAGAAGCCCUAUUAA